AUGGUUGAUUAUGUAGUUAUUGCCUUUGGAAACAAAUUUUAUGUUCGUGUUCGCGAUUCUCGAGUUGCAUUUCCUCUUCGGAUUGACGAUUUCCCCAGAAAAGAGCAUACUGGACAAGAUUCAUUCUUCAUAGGUCAUCCAAUUCCAGUAUUAGACAUAGAUGAUGAACUUAUCGCAGGGGAAACCUACUUUGUUCUCCCUCUUGAUUGCUUCACAAAUAAUGUCCUCUCAGCUUCUUCUUUGGCAACCCUAAGAAGAUCUAUCUCAUCUGGUUCGAAACCAGCCGCUGUAAAUUUCAAGGAAUGCCCAUUUGAACAUGUGAAGGGUACAAAUGGAAGGGUUUUGAUCAAGGUCAGGCCAGAAUUCAUAAUUAAGCUUCUAACAAGAGAUCAAGAAACAGGUGAUGAAGAUAGCAGAUCUCUUAGUCCUAGUCAUGGCUUCCUUUGUAGUACACCGGAGUUGAAGAAACACUAUGAUCAAAUGUUAGGGUCUAAAGACAAUGCUUGA